GAUGAGCAAUGACAUUUUUUUCUUGGAGAAGUUUCUUGUGGAUGUGAUUGACCAUUGAUUGACUGGCCAAUGGAAAUCAUAACUGUAUUCCUGGUUGCUUGCUGCUUCUUUGUUCCUGGCAAUGGUCAAGGCUUCUUUGAUCAGCUGGAAUUCAAACAAUGUUAUGCAUGUGCUGACUGUGAAUGGUUUGACCCUGACACCACCCCCAGGUGCACCAGACCAGCACAAAAUCCCCUGGUACCACACUCCAUUGGGUACAGCUUCCCUGACUCUCUGAGCACCAAAUCCUGCAUCAAGGUCAUUGACAGAGAUGGAAGAGUGUACAGAGGAUGUCACAACAGAGUGGCAAGAGACUGUGUCAUAGUGGAGAAUGUGACAGCCUGCUACUGUGAACACUCAUUAUGCAACAGUGCUGACACCAGGGCCAAGAUGGCGACCUUGCCUUGGGUGGCUGUUCUGGCAGUGGGACUAUUAAUGGCUGCCUGGGUUUCUGAUGCUGGUAGUGGUUGCUAGGAUAUUCUCUCUGGGAUGAUGUCACUGUAAUGCAUUGUUUGAGGCAUUGCUUAAUCUGAUGGAAUUGUGUGUCUGCUGUAUAUAUAUAUAUAUAAAGAAAAAGGGGGGGUGAGAGAAAGAGAGAGAGAG